AUGGAAUUGAACGUGAACUCCUUCUCCCGUCUCUUAAGGCAUCCCAACGGCCAAACAACGCAUGUGAUCGUUGAUGAUUACACAAAUCCUUGGGAUAAUCCACAGACAGUGCUCAUACAAGGGGGGUUUGGAAGACACUCUGCAUUUUGGUAUCAUUGGACUCCCUCAUUGGCGCGGAAAUACCGAGUAGUCCGACGGGACACCAGAGGUCAUGGCAAGUCAUCCACCCCAAUGCCUGGUGAUGGAUACCAGUAUACCCUCGAUACGAUAUUAUCCGAAAUUGUCGACACUCUUGAUCAGCUUGGCAUCGAACAGGUCCACUUCAUUGGAGAGAGUACCUCGGGAAUGCUAGGGGAAGCCUUCGCCGCAAAAUUUCCCAAUCGACUACACAGCUUAACCGUCAUCUCGAGUCCCUCAUAUCUUCCACCGGAGGCACUUCGCUUAUUUUCUUUUGGCCACUCUAGCUGGCCAGAAGCAUGUCGGCGGCUCGGGUCUGGGGGUUGGGCAGAACACCUUGCCCGUAUGCCAGGGACCCUCUCGACGGCAGACCCGAAUUAUGAAGCUUGGUGGAUUUCACAAAUUGCCCUCAGCUCCAGCGAUGGUCUUGCUGGAUAUGCCGAAUUUCUGUCAGGACUAGAUGCGCGGAAAUUUCUUCCGGACAUCUCUGUGCCGAUGCUGAUUCUCGCUCCAGCGAAAAGCGCUGCUACUACGCUUGAGGAGCAGCUGCAGAUUGCGAGACAGGUGCGAGGCUCAAAGAUAGUUGUUAUCCAUGGGGCAGGGCAUGAAGUUUAUGUCGACAAGGCAAGUGACUGCUUGCAUGCUGUGCAUGGAUUCUUCUUGGAUAUCGAGUCUGGCCUCGUCAAUAACCUUGCGUAA